UGUUUUUUAAUUAUUUUUCCUUAUUUAACAAUUUAAACAAAAAGACAUUGUUGUGAAUUUGUUUGUUGUCGUAGUGAAUAAUUUUGGAUUGAACUGUUUGAUUUUGACCAGUAAACAAUGAAGUGGAUUGGCCAAUUUUGGAUUUUGUGGAUAUUAAUUAUACAUGUUUUUGCACAAGAUCCCUAUUAUCUGGGAGCAGGGCAACCGAGGCAAGAUCGGUUUAUACCCAACUACCAACAACAAAAUUUACAAAACUAUCAGCGACAACAACCUCAAUCAACGUAUAGACAGCAAAAUUUCCCACACGAAAUAAGUAAUAUUUAUUCCGGAGCAUUACAAGAUCAAGAUUUACGCCUUCCACAUCGAUUUCCCUCAAAUCCAUUAUACAAUCAACCAAUUAAUAGUCAACCAUCACCAUUUCGGUUACAAGAUCCUGUCGAUACUUUCUCUCCAUACUUAAGCAAACAAAAUCGACCAUCAAAUCUUAUACAACCUGCCAUAUUCAAUCCAAACCCUCCAAAACCAACACCUGGUUUUACACAAUCAACACCCCGUCCACAAUAUUCACAUUUACACAGUCAUGACCCAUCACAAAGUGAGCAAUUUUUAGGACAAAUAACUAUUGAAAGUCCAAACAAUGAUUAUACGAAUCAAUUUAAACCAGCAAUUGACUUCAAAUAUCCAUCGCAUAGUUUUGUUGAUCAAUUUUCAUCACAAAAUCAACAACCUAAACAAACUUGGCGUCAACAAACACAUUUCAACGCUCCCGAACAAAUUAAUUCAUUUGAUACGCUAAGUAACAACGAUUUUGAAGGUGGUCGAAAGAAAAAUACUCGUAUAAAAACUAAUAAUUUUAUUCCACAAAAAUCUUCAUUCACAGAAGAAUCUCAAUUUGCUUACAACAAACCUGAAGCAAAUAUUAACACAAUUUCAAAACCUGUACAUGAAGAUGACAUCGAACAAGAUAUAAAACCCACUCAAUUUUCACGAGGUUCGACAAAAUUUAAAGAUGCGUUCUUAAACGAAAAUAAAAAUAGUGAUAAUAUCAAUAAUAAUUAUGAUUAUAACAGCAAAAUUCAACCUUUGUUAGAAGACCAAGUUGCUUCAAAUAACAACAACUACAAUUCUGACGAUGUUGAAAUUGUUAAAGCUAUCACAACCGAAUUACAUCAUGAUUCCACGUCAAAACCACAAGAAGCACUUCUAGAUGAAGGUUCAACUGAAAACGAAGAUGAAAAUACCACUUACGAAACUGCACCAGAUAAUCUUGCUUUGAAUUCUGUAAACAAUCAUGAAGAGGAACAUCUUGAAAGCAAUACCGAAAUCAAUGAACAAUCUUCAACUGAACAAGAAGCAGAAGAGACUAAUCAUGAAGAAGAAGUAGAAGAAAGCGAAGAAACUGAAACCGAUGCUCCACAAAAUGAAACUGCAAUUACCAAUGAUGAACCAAUAUUAUUGGGGGAAGCAGUGGUAUCAGUUGUUACCACCAAAAGUGUUGUAAAUGGUACAAUAUCUAUACCACAACCAUCAACUACACCAGUUCCUCCUACCACCGAAGAAAUGAAACAAAAUCCAAGUUCUACGACUGAAAGUUGGCUAUAUGUCGCAUCUGUACAAACCAGUCGAAGUGUUUCUGGUGCUCGCUUUUUACCAUUCGAUAUACAAGAAGAUAAAAUUAAAAAGGAAGUUUCAACGGAGAAACCAGCAGUCACCGAACAUAGUGGUGAAGAAGAAGUGGAGUCAACCGAAGUAAAUAAAGACAAACCAUCGUCCACAGAAAGUAUUAUUGAUAAAUUAGACCGAGUUCAGUCUGAAUUAUCAUCGGGAUUGUUGAUCAAUGACUUUAAAAAUGAUAAUAUUACGGUAAUUCAAGAUCAAAUUCAUGAAGACAACCUUACGACAACGAUUGCGCCAGUCGUCAAUGAAACAAAACCAAGUACAUCACCCGUAUUUAUUCGAAAAUUUUCACCAUAUGCCAGGCCAAGUACAACUCAACGCCCUACGAAAAAAUCAAAUGUAUUUGAUAACAUCAAGAUGGAUGAUUUAACAGGAUUAUUACCAAGCGGGUUUAAACCACGUUAUCAGAAUAAUCGACGAACAACAAGUACCUCUACAACUGAAGCAAAUUUAAAUGAUGAAGGAUUACAAAAUGAUCAACCACAACCAGAAAUUUCAAGUCGACGCAAUUAUUCAUCGGGACGAUCUUUUGGUAAACCAACGCAAAAUAAAAUCAAGGAAGAUAAUAUUUCAGCAUUUUUACCACCAGAUUAUAAAUUGAAAGUAAAUGUAUCAGAUACUUUAAAAGUCGUUGAUGAUAUUACCAAAUUCUUACCAAAAGAUUACAGUACUGAAAAACCAUUAAUCAAACCAGUGGAUGAUAUCUCAGCGUUUUUACCACCAGGUUACAAAUUAACAUCUACAACUGAAUCGUCGAAAAAAGCGACUCCAAUUGAUUUUGUAUCACUCUUACCUCCUGGUUACAAACUAAACCUUACCAAAGAGAGUGUGAAUAUUCCACAAGUUAGACCCGUUGAUAUUAGUGCCUUUUUACCAAAAGAUUACAAAAUAUCCACCACAACUUCAGCACCCAAAACUGAAAAACCAAUUCUACCAAAAGCUAUACCUGUAGAUAUUAGCGCUUUCUUACCGCCAGGUUUUAAAUUAAAUAAGACAAGUGGUGAUGAAAAACCUUCAAUUCCAAUUGCAAAAUCCGUUGAUAUUUCUGCAUUUUUACCACCUGGUUAUAAAUUGACAACAGAGAAACCAGUGAUAGAAGCGAAACCUGUAGAUAUUUCUUCAUUCUUACCACCUGGCUAUAAACUACCAAACAAAGGCAGCGAAGAAGGUUCCACAACUACGAGUACCACAACUUCAGCACCCACUUCAACAUCAACUGUUCAUACCGGACUUAACGUGAAAUUCCCUACAAAAUUAGGUGGUAGAAAACCAAUUAACUAUCGUUCAUCAACUCAAAAACCCGGAGGAGCGACAGGAGGACCCAGCAAUUUUACACCAACGAUUCGUAAAGGACCUCCUACAAGAGCAACAACUGAAUUUACAGGAUGGCCUACUCCAUCCACGACACCGAUUUCCAUUGAAAAACUUUUGGAAGCUGCACGUACAGCCACAGGAAAUACUAGCCCAAGUGUAACAUCCAGUGAACCAACAACAAGUACUACAACCACCACAACCACUACGACAACAACACCACGUCCUACAACUCCUGGAAUAUGUGUGGGAGAAUGUGAUUUAGCUGGUACUAUCAAACUUGUUGGUGGUGCAAAAUGGGUGCCUGAAUUAUUGAAUCAUAACACUAAAGAAUGGCAAUUAUUAGCAAAUGAAGUUCAAACACAGUUGGAGAACGCAUACAGCAAAUCUGAUGUGCUUAAUCGGUGGUAUAAGAAAAUUCGAAUCGAUGGAUUCAGUGAAGGCAGCGUUUUAGUUGAUUAUUUUGUAGAAUUAAACGAUUUAGGAAGACGAGUUGAUACACAAGAAUUAAAACGACUAUUCCAUGAAGCAUUACGUCCUGUGCCAUUAGAUGAUAUGAAUAUGUCCGAUGCCGAAAAUAACGAGGAUAAAAGUGAACCACUCCACUUACGUUCCGAAAUGGAAGGAAAAUUAAAUCUUGGUAGUUUUAUUGUAGAUCCAAAUUUCACAGACUUUGUAGUAUUCCCAAAACAAGUUGCACCUACUGUUGGUUAUGCUGAUGAAAAUGAAUUUUUACCACAAUGGGCGAUUGCCGUGAUAGUAAUUGGUUUAGCUUCACUUUUGUUUGUGAUCAUAUUUGGAGUAACUGUGUUGGUAAAUCGACAAAAGAAUGCCAAAAAACGCCAACCAACACCUUUAACUGAAGACAUGUUAAAUGAAUUAAACAAGAGCCAUAUGGGUGGUAUUGAUAAUUAUGGAGCCGAAGAUUUAUACAAUAUGGAAGAUGUGUGGAAUGAUAGACCUUACGAUAAUAUGAAACUUCCAAAGAAGGUACCAAGAAAUAGAUCCGCUGGUUCAUUACAAGAUAACAGCAUGUCAAAUUUAUAUGAUAGUUGGAGAUCCGAAUGGAAUGGAUAUUAUUAUAACGCAUAUUAUGGAAAUCCAAGUAGCAGUGCAAGUUUAGGUGCAUACGGAAGAAGGCGUUCAGAUUAUGAUACAAAUUUUUAAAGAACUAAAAUAGGAAACUAAAAUGGAAGAAAAAGUCAUAUAUGACAAAAGUUGUCGUUAGUCAACAAUUUUUUUAUAUAAAAUAAGGCCUUUAUGUCAAUUUUGAACUACUUAAAAACAAAAACUUUACACAAAACACAACAUCUUAAACUGGAGUUUUCAAAAAUUUAUUACCUCUAGUCAAAUACAUGUUC